GCGAAGCAGAUGUGAUUCACAGUAUCGUUCGAGCACGCGCUCGGAGAGCGUACGUUUGUUCCUCAUGGGAACUGUUUUGCUCUUACGUAAACAAAGGAAGAAAGACGUGUGUGUAGUUUUUUCAUAGUUCAGUGAUCCCACGCGAGCGUGUUCCUUCGAGUAAAUAAUACAAGGCUAGCCAGCUGCGCCAUUCUUGUUGUGUGACACCUACAUCAGCCACACUACACAUUUUUUGUACAAUAUUAUUAUUUGAUUGUUGCUGUAGUUAGCUGUUGGUCACACAUCGCAGGAAUGGACACAUCGGGCUUGCCUGUACCGGAUGCAAUCCACCCGCUACUUGAACAACUGCAAGAAGCUUUGGUCCUUGAAGUAAAGUAUCAACCUAAUCUUCAGUUACCCAAUAUAACACAGAAUGAUGAAAUAACAAUCGGAGCUCGUGACGGAUCAGCUCAUGUUCUGAGAUGUUUGAAAGUAUGGUAUGAUCUACCAUCAGAUGUGUUUUUUAUUGCCAUCAACCUCAUGGACCGCUUCUUAACAAAGAUGAAAGCAAGGCCAAAACAUAUGGCUUGCAUCAGUGUAUCUGCUUUUCACAUAGCUGCUGUUCAAUUAGCACAGUCCUUAGAUGCUGAUCACUUAGUCUCUAUUUCCCAAUGCAAAUGCACGGGUGGUGAUCUUAAGCGUAUGUCAGAAGUAAUACGGAACAAACUAGAAUGGGCACCUGGUACACAACCCAUUACUUCCUUGACUUUUCUUCGAUUAUUCAAUGCCAUGUUUCAUGCAGUUGCAUUACAAUUUGGUUUAGGAGAUAUGUACAACAGUAUCGUUACAGAAUCUGAGCUUCUUCUCAGGUUAGAGAUGGUUGCUUGUGACGGUAAUUGUGCAAGUGUAAGGCCAUCGGAAGUGGCACUUGUUUUACUUUGCACAUAUUUAGAUAAUGCAGUUAAUUGGUUGGAUACUAAUGCAGAUGCUUCUAAGUCCACAAUCACUGUACCUAGUUCCUCUACUAUCAAUACGACUGCAACACCACGAUGUCAACUGCUUAGACUCUUAGAAUUUGCUGUAGAACUUCAGAAAAUAUGUAAGAUUUCAGACACAAGUUUUUUCUCUACACACGAGGCUGUAGGUGCUAUAUUGAGCAAAUACAAUGCUCAAGAGCAAACUCCUCACAAACAAAGACUGAUAUGGAGAUUGUCCUCUCGUACGGCGCGCCUUUUACGUCCAACUGAUAAAUUCACUUCUGUAUUACCUGUUAUCGCCGAACACGCUCCAGUUCCUUCACCAAGUAAAAUUAGAAAAAACCGUAAGUUCGGUCGACGCCAUGGGAACAAGAGACGUUAAGUGGCAGUAUCGAGGCCUUAAAGUGCUGGAUUAGAAGUUCAGUGUUUAUCCGUCAACCGAGCAAUAAAGGAAGUGUAACUUAAAUUUGAAAUUAGAAAUUAAAAUAGAAAGUACAAAUACUGAUGUAUUUACGUCGUACGACGAAUUGUCAAAUAUCUCUUUUGUAUCAUAUAUCGAUAACUUGAAUGAAAUGUGUUAAGUACACAAUUCAUUGCAGUAUUCUAAAUUCGAAGAUCGAAUCGAUUUUGGAUAUAUUAGUUGCAUCAAAUGUGAAAUUUCAUCUUUUUCUUUUUUUGUUUUUUUUUAAUUGUAUCGUGUAUGUCUUAUAAAGACCGACGAAAAUUUCAUUUGAAACUGGAUGUUUCGUAGCUAUAUAAAGCAUAUGAGUGAUGUGCAAAAGAAUUGAAUGAAAAUUAAAACAGGAAAUUGUAUUUUACUAACGUUAAAGUUAAUGUGAUACAAUGUCCAUCGUAAUUCGUAUCAAACGAAUAGAAUAUCGCUAUAUUACACGUUUACGCGUGUGUCCUACAAAUAUGUUUGAAGAGCGAGAAAAACGAUCAUACGCGAGUAUAAAUGAAAAAUUAAAAAAAUAACUAGAGAAUAAAUUAUGGAACAUGAUAACACUAAUUAGGAUCAUCAGAAUGGUGAAUGAAUCUUGAUUCUUUAAAUUUACCAAAACUAAAGUAACUUGUAUGUUCUGUCGUGAGACUGUAUUUAAAUUAUGUAUUGUUUAGGGAAAAACUAUAAAUGAAUGUAAAUAGAGUAGUCUCGUAUCGGAUGUUUCUACAAUAUGUCAAUCGAGUAAAAGAUGCAACAGCGCAUUUAUCUCAACUCAUUUAAACUGUUUAAUCUUUUGUGACUCCGAUUGUGUUUCGGUAUGCUUUUCAUUAACUUUUCUUCGAUUAACUUCUCCAAUAUUUGUUAAAUAUUGGCAUACAAGUUUUAGUUUUAUAAUAAGUAGAUAUGUAUAGAUGUGUAAAAUAUAUACAAUUGAAAGAACAGUGGUUACUUUCAUAUAAGUAACACAAAAUAAAUUAAAAUCGAUUUAAAUUUAAUUAGUAUUUAUAAACAAAAAAUGAUGAAAGAAAUAUGAAAAAUAAAU